GCCACCCCGGUGGCUUCGCGAUCCUCCGUCGCGCUCGGGUCCCCGCUGUUGCGCUGACCCGGACCUGGCCCCCGGCGCACUGCGACUCGGAUGGUCGGCGACCCCUGGCGGAGGGAGGAGAGGAAAGUCCCCGACGGCAGGCGGCCGAUGGCGGGGGCCGGGGGUCCCCUGCGCCUCCGCGACUGGCUGGUGGCGCAGAUCGAGAGCGGGCACUAUGCGGGGUUGCGCUGGGAGGAUGCAGGCAAGACCCUCUUCCGCAUCCCCUGGAAGCACGCGGCCCAGCAAGGCUACCGGGCGCAGCAGGACGCCGCUCUUUUCAGGGCCUGGGCCAUACACAAGGGCAGGUACCUAGAGGGCACUGACAAGGAGGACCCCCCCACCUGGAAAACCCGGCUCCGCUGUGCCCUCAACAAGAGUGCCGACUUCUGUGAGGUGCGUGAGCGCAGCCAGCUGGACGUGUCCGACCCCUACAAGGUCUACCGGAUUGUGUCCGACAGUGCCCAUGGCCCAGUGGCCAGGACUCGUGCUCCGCCUGGAAAGCCGAACAUCCUCCGGAGCCGGCAGGAGCCCCCCGGGGAUGUGAUGGAGCCGGCCUGCAGGAUGGACCAGGACGGCUCCAGACAAACCACAGAGGAUAAGGGCGAGAAGGGCCCCCCCAGGCUGGCCCAGCAGGGCUCCCUGCCACCGGCUGCCAGGCUCCCAGGCCCUCUGGCCGACCACAGGUACCAGGCGCAGGAUCCUACACACCACUGGAGCCCCUUGCCCUCUGAGGACUUCAGCAACCCCGACUGCUGGCUACACGUGCAGCUGUUCUACGGCGCGGAGCUGGUGCGGGAAGCCACGUCGCGCACUGCCGAAGGCUGCCGCCUGAGCCCUCGGGCCGUCACUGGGGCGGAGAGCCUGCUGGGGCCGCCCCCGCGCAUCGCGCAGGUGCGCUUCCCGGAGCCGCCGCCCGGCGCCCGCGUGCUGCAGCGCCUGCUGGGACACCUGGACCGCGGCGUGCUGCUGUGGGUGGCCCCCGAGGGCGUGUUCGCCAAGCGCCUGUGCCAGGGCCGCGUGUACUGGCGGGGUCCGCUCGCCCCGCACCGCGCGCAGCCCAACAAGCUGGAGCGCGAGCGCACCUACCAGCUGCUGGACACGCGCCGCUUCCUCGAGGGUGGGAUCCCCGAGCCUCCAGUCUUGGUUCCUGUAGAACUGCGCGCCCACCUGCAGGAUGGUUUCCAGGAGCCUGAGUACCAGAUCCGUCUGUGCUUUGGCGAGGAAUACCCAGGGCCCCCAGGCCAGCCUGAGGAGCGGCUCAUCAUGGCCCACGUGGAGCCAGUCUUCGCCCGGGAGCUGCUCCUGCACUUGAAGCGCCACUACCACGGUGCCCCAGCCGAGGCGGGUUCCCAGCCCCACAUCUCCGAUGGUAUCACCCACCUGCUGACACAGCUGAGUCAGCACUAAGGGGUCACUUCCUCCUCUCCUACCCUCCGAAGUCAGUACGCCACGCCCCAGCAGACCCCAUCCCAGACCUGCCCAGGUCGGUGGGGACAGCGACAGCGGAAACAGAUCCUUGCCCUUCAACCUCCCUGCGGCAGAGACUGCAGAGACUCAGCCCUGGAACGCGAGAGCGUGGGCGGACGGCACACAGCUGGGCCUGCGAAGUCAGGAGGAAACCAAACUUGACCUUGAGGUUCCGGAAACAGCAGUUAGAGCAGAAACAGGACUUCAUUUCUUGUUGAGAGCACAAGAGGUCCGCAGUGGUGUACUUGAGAGCCCGCUUUAUGUGCAACGGAUUCAUUAGAAGGUUUGCUUAAAGCUAGGUUUACCAAUCACAUCCUCAGAGAUUAGAGUGACAGCCAGACAGUAACAGAAUUGCCUGGCCUCUGAGAGGCUCUGAAUUUCCAGACCCUUCCUCCCACCUGCCACUGGUCUCUAUUCUUAUAUGGCCAGAGAGGGGUCCCACAGCAGAAAACUUGGCCUGAAUGGGGUAGGGGUGCAGGUAGGAGGCUGAUGACUGAACCACCAGCAUAUCGUAGAUACUAUCUUUGGAGAAACUGACCCAGCACCCCCACCCCCAAACACAGCGCUAAGGCAGAAGGCAAAGUUGGAGACAGGGGUCCAGCCCCUCCCCCAAGUCCCACUGAUUUUUGUAAAUGGCAACUUGUAGGGAGUCCUUGAGACCUGGGAGGGAACCCCACCGACCAUGAAGGCAAUUGACCCUGUCUUAUCAGUAAAGUCACUGUUUUCCACCCCAGAUAUCAGACCUUUUCUCCUUUUCUGAUUUCUGACUUUAUAAAGAUUCUCCUACAGAUGGCAACAUAAUAAAUCUCUUUUAGUGAUA